AAUUCCCUAAAUUGCCGUAAAAUGUCUCUCUUUAUAAAACAAAGUAGGAGCGGUGCGCAGAAAAUGUUAGUUCCACUACUGUUGGUGAUAACAAUGUUGGGAUAUGCGAUAUGUGUCUCUCUUUCUCUCUCUCUCUCUCUCUCUCUCUCUCUCUUUCUCUCUAGACAUGUACUCGAGAGCAGUCUUUCAUUUCUUACUCGUCUCUCGCUCGGAAAUCCAAAGACCAAAGAAUAAAUCUCUCUCGUGAAUAAAUUUAUUUGACUGUUUCUUUCAGUCGAAUGACAUAACGUGCGUCGGACUGCUUAAAGUCAAACAGUUUAAAACUAUUCGAGAAACUGCAGCAAUUUGUGUACACGCGCAUCCUUUGAUGAAACUGAAAUAGAAUAAUGGACGCGACAACCAAUUCUGAAAUGCUUCCAGUCGUGGCUGCGAUAGGAACGGUGGUUGUUAUAGGAGUAGCAUUUAAAAUAUAUAAAUCCUGGAAUGACAAAAAGAAAAAGUCGCCAAUAUUACUGGUUGAUCCAGUAGUUAAGUAUAGUUUACCUUUAAUCCAAAAAGAGAUAAUAAGUCAUGAUACCAGAAAGUUCAGAUUUGGAUUACCAACGCCAAAUCAUGUUUUGGGUUUGCCAAUUGGUCAACAUAUACAUUUAACAGCAAAAAUUGGAGAAGAGGUUGUAAUACGAUCAUAUACACCUGUUUCAAGUGAUGAUAAUCGAGGCUAUGUUGAUCUUGUUAUUAAGGUAUACUUUAAAAAUGUUCAUCCAAAAUUCCCCGAAGGAGGAAAAAUGUCUCAAUAUUUGGAAAACAUGAAAAUAGGGGAUACCAUUGACUUUAGAGGACCAUCUGGUAGACUGAUUUAUAAAGGACAUGGAAAAGUCAGUAUAAAACUUCUUAGGAAGGAACCACCUGUGGAAUAUAAUGUUAAAAAAAUGGUUAUGCUCGCUGGUGGUACGGGCAUCACACCGAUGCUGCAGCUAAUUCGCGCGAUAAUAAAGGAUCCUACAGACGAAACUCAAACCUCUUUGCUGUUCGCCAAUCAAACAGAAAAAGACAUUUUGUUGAAAAACGAAUUAGAUGGAAUCGCCAAAAAAUAUCCGAAUAAAUUAAAACUUUGGUAUACUCUAGACUCGAGUAGCGAAGGAUGGUCUUAUAGUACGGGAUACAUAAGCACUGAUAUGAUAGAAAAGCAUAUGUUUCCACCAUCACCUGAUACUAUCGUAUUAAUGUGCGGGCCACCUCCGAUGAUCAAUUUUGCUUGUACUCCGAAUCUCGAUAAACUUGGUUACGAUAGUAAAUUACGAUUCGCGUAUUAAUUGAUUUAUCAUUAAGAUCACAAAUACAGUAGACAGUUGCAUUUGAUGGAAAUUUACAUGCUUUUAGUACUUCAGUAAAAUUAAAGAUUAAAGGUUUUUUAUUUAAUUAAAUAUAUAAUCGAUUCUAUACAUACACACUAAUGAAAGAUCUCGAAAAUGUGCUCGAAAAUGUCAGAAAGAUCUAUUAGAAAAAAAAUAAGUUUAUUCAUAAAAACCUUAAACAGUAUUGAAAAUUGCCAUAAAAAUUAUUAACUUAAUCAUUGAAAUGCACUCAUACUAAUAGCAUAGUGACUGUUCCAUAUAACGAUGAUCUUAAAAAAGAUUUACAAGACUCGCCAAAAAGUCUUGUCCUUUUUUUGCUUACAUUUUUUUAUUGGGACAUAGGCUGUGAUUGGCAAAUGACACCUAAUUCUUAUAUUUCAAGUAGAGCUUAAUGUAAGAGAAAGGGGUUACAAAUAAAAUACAUUGUAAAAUGAAUAUUUGCCUUUGAUCACUAAAAUAUACUUUAUUCAAUCCUUUAUUCAAUUUAUAAUAAUACUUGCAUAUAUUAUUUUAUACAAAUAAUCUAUAUAUAAAAUAAAUGAAUAAAGUAUGUUGCUAGUGCAAAAAGGAAUAUUCAUAUAAAGUAUUAUGUAUCUCAAAGCAUUUAUUAAUAGAUUUGUUCGUGUUGCUUGAAACCUUCAAAAAUAUUUGCACUUGAAAUAUACAUUUAGCCGCUGAAAAGAAAGCGAAGAUUCUAAGUGCAAAAAAAUGUAAAUAACAUGAACAGGCAUAAUGUUAAACUCAUUAUAAUGUUAUUAAAAAAAAUUGAAAAUGUA